UCUCUCUCUCUCCCUCUCUUUCUCUCUCUCCCUGUCACUCAAACUCAAAUCUCUGGCUACCAUUGCGAAAUCUGGGUUCUGUGUUUUGGUGGUAGCGGUGGGUUGAUGGUUUCACCUAGUGAAUCUCAAACCUGCUCAUCUCGUAGUGGUGGGGUUGAUGGUUGCUCUCCUUCUCAGUGAGCACACAGCAAGUUUUUUACGACCAAUCAUUUGAGUCUCUUGAUCUCCUCGACCUUGACAGUGAUCCGCAUCCCCAAGAUUUGUCGGUGUAUUUCCAAUGGCUUCAAUGAGCACUGAAAAAAUCUUAUCUCCAUCGUCAUCUUCUUCUUCAACAUUACAAUGGAAAUAUGAUGUCUUCCUUAGUUUUAGAGGUGUGGACACCCGCAACGGUUUUACCAGCCAUCUAUAUGCUGCCUUGGAGGAGAAGGGCAUUCACACGUUUAAAGAUGAUAAAGAACUUGAGGCAGGAAAAUCUAUUUCAUCAGAACUCUUGAAAGCAAUAGAAGAAUCAAAGUUUGCUAUUGUCAUUCUCUCAGAAGACUAUGCAUCUUCAACAUGGUGCCUAGAUGAACUUGCAAAGAUCAUUAGUUGCAGUAACAAGACAAGAAUGAUAGUUUUACCUGUUUUUUAUAAUGUGGAUCCAUCUGAUAUACGGAAAAACACAAAAAAAUUUGGACAAGCUUUAGCUAAACAUGAAGAACGUUUCAAGGAGAACAUAGAGAAUGUGCAAACAUGGAGAGAUGCUUUGACAAAAGUGGCUAGUCUCAAAGGGUGGCAUUUGCAAGAUAGGCCUGAGGCAGAAUUAAUUCAAGACAUUGUGAAAGUGAUAUUAAAUAAUUGGAGUUAUACAUACUCAGUAGAUACUAAGGAACUAGUAGGAAUAAAUUUCCGAGUUGAGAAAUUGAAGUCAUUGUUAGCUAUAGCACCAGACAAUGUUCGCAUUAUAGGAAUUUGGGGGACAGGAGGAAUGGGUAAGACAACUCUUGCUAGAGUUGUUUACGAAAUGGUUUCCAAUCAAUUUGAAGCUUGUAGUUUUAUUGGUAACAUCAGGGAAUUUUCUGAAAAAUACGGUUUACAUCAGUUGCAAGAAAAACUUUUGAAUGAAUUAUUGGUGCACAAAGAUAUCAAGGUAAAAGAUGUUGAUAAUGGAGCUCACAUGAUCAAGACUAGGUUAUGUCACAAAAAGAUUCUUCUCGUUCUUGAUGAUGUACAUGAUUUAGACCAACUAAACAAAUUAGUUGGGGAGCAUGAUUGGUUUGGCCUAGGUAGUAGAGUUAUAAUUACAACAAGAGAUGCGCAUCUGCUAAAACAUAAAGUAGAUGGAACAUAUGAGGUUGAAGGAUUGGAUUAUGAUGAAGCUUUUCAACUUUUUAAUUUGAAAGCUUUUAAACAAGAGCAUCCUAAUGAAGAUUUUCUAGAGCUAUCCCAAGCCUAUGUACAUUAUGCUAAUGGCCUUCCUUUAGCCAUUGAUAUUUUGGGUUCCUUUUUGUUAGGGAGAAGUAAAGAUGAAUGGAAAAGUGAAUUAGAUAGGCUUAAAGAAUUUCCUGAAAGAAAAAUUCUCGAUACACUUAAAAUAAGCUUCAACGGACUAGCAGAAACAGAGAAGGAAAUUUUCUUGUAUAUUGCAUGUUUCUUUAAUCACACAAAUCAAGAUACCAUCAUAGAAAUAUUAGAUUAUCUUGAGCUUUAUCCUAAAAUUGGAUUAAGUGUUCUCAAAGAUAAAUCUCUCGUCAAAUGGCAAGACAAUCAUUUGUGGAUGCAUGAUUUACUCCAAGAAAUGGGUCGAAAUAUAGUUCAUCAAGAGUCCCCUAACGAUCCUGGGGAGCGUAGCAGAUUGUGGUUAUGUAAAGAUAUUAACAAUGUGCUGACAAAAAAUACGGGAACAAAAAAAAUUCAAGGCAUAGUCUUACAACCCUGUGGUUCCUGUUCAAAAUGGGCAAAUUGGAAUUCUGAAUCCUUUUCAAAGAUGCCUUGCUUGAAAUUGCUCAAAAUUGAUGGUGUUCACCUGAUGCAUGAUCUCAAACAUCUUCCUGAGAGCUUAAGAUUUCUUGAUUGGAGUGAGUACCCUUUGAAAUCUUUGCCAUCAAAUUUCCCAUCAAAUGAGCUUGUUAAACUUUGCUUGAACUCUAGCUACACUGAACAACUUUGGAAAGGGAAAAAGUCUUUUAACAAGUUAAAAUACAUUCAAGUGAACUGGUCUAAAAAACUUGUUGAAACUCCAGACUUCACCGAAGUCCCAGUUCUUGAGAAAUUGGAUCUUGAAGGUUGUAUAAAUUUACGUAAGAUCCAUCCAUCUAUGAGUGUUCUUAAAGAACUUACUCUUCUUAAUCUAAGAGGUUGCAUAAACCUUAGAAGACUUCCAAACAAGUUCGAAAUGAAGUCUCUUGAGAUUCUUAUUCUUUCUGGCUGCUUAAAAGUAAAACGAAUACCAGAGUUCGGGGAAAACAUGGACCGUGUAUCAGAACUUUACUUGGAUGACACUACUAUUACAAAAUUACCCAUAUCAAUUGGGAAUUUGACUAGUCUUGCUUCAUUGAGUAUAAGAGAUUGCAAAAAUCUUAUGUCCUUUCCUAGCACCAUGCUUAAUAUAAGGUCGCUUAAAUGUCUCGAUUUUUCUGGAUGCCCAAAACUUUGCAAGCUUCUAGAAAACUUGGAGACUGUUGAAAGUGAUACAAGUGGAACUACGAUAAGACUGAUGCCUUCUUCCAAUUUUCUCUUCCAAACUCUAAAAAAACUAGUUGUCAAAGGAUUUAAGCCUAGGAGUCCCAAUCCCAUGGACUUGUUUUGGACUUCUCUAUCGGGAUUGACUUCUUUGACUAAAUUGAAACUAGAAAACUGCAAUCUGAGGGAAAUCUCCAAUGAUAUUGGCCGCCUAUUCUCUUUAAAAGAAAUAUAUCUAUGUGGAAAUAGUUUUGUUUGCCUUCCUGAGAGCAUUGGUCAGCUAUCUAAUUUGACAUGGAUGGAAUUGGAUAAUUGCACGAAACUAAGAUCAUUGCCAAAGCUUCCAUUGAAUAUUGAUUAUAUUAGGGGAUUUGGUUGUACAUCAUUGGAAACAGUACCAGAUCUAUUAAAGCCAAAUUCUUCAUGUGAGCCACGACUCUAUCUUUCAGGUUGUAGUAAACUAGCUCACAAUCGCAUUGACAUUUUUUUGGCACGGAUAAAAAAGCAUCUUCAGGGACUUGCUCACGACGACAGAUAUGACACUCUACAUCUUGAAAUGAGAUAUGACAUCAUUAUUCCUGGAAAUGAAAUUCCAGAGUGGUUUAGGCAUCAAAAUAUAGGGGCUGAAGUGAAUAUAGAAGAACCUUCUCAUUUGUGUAAUGAGUGGAUGGGGAUUGCUGUUUGCGCUGUAUUUUGUUCUCAACAUUCUCCAAGAAAAUUUAGCUGUCCAUUUUGUUCUCGAUAUCCUCAAAGAAAAUUUAGUUGUCCAUUUUAUUCUGAACAUUCUCAAAGAGAAUUUGGUGGUCCAGUUAUAUGUUCAUUGACAGCCAAUGGAAGACAUAUUUCUUGUGUACUAGGCUAUAACCACAUUGAUGUUUUAUCAGAUCAUAUUUGGCUACUUUAUUUGCUUCCUCAAUUCUUCAGAAAGGAAGACAUAAAAUUAUUGUGGGAAUGUGAUGAGAAUGGAUUUAGUCAUAUUGGAGUUAGGUUUGGAACCAAUGGCUUGGAGAUAAAGAAAUGUGGGAUGCAUAUGGUAUACAAGAAAGACAUAGAAGAUCUCAACCAAACUAUGGCUCAAAGUAGCAACACCAGCAUCAUUCCUUACAAGGGCUCCGCAGUGGAAGUGGAAGGUAACAAAGCCAAGCGUAUCCAUGGUGAUUAUGAUGGGGCUGGAGCUGGACCCAGUGGAGAAGGAAGCUCUAAUGAUAUACCACACCCAAAAAGGAUUAAAACACUCACAGAAUUUAUGGACCUUGGUAACUCUGAUUGUGAAGAGCCCAGUGAGUACAAGGAAUGUGGUGAGGAGUUAAGCGACUGGGAGGAAUCUAGUGAAAGUGAACCGGAAGGUUAAUCAACUUUUUUCUCUUCAUUAAUAUGAUUUGUGUUAUUUGUGCUAGUUUCUCCUUCCUGGAAGAUUAUUGGACUUGUUUGCCAGAAUAAACUGUCAAAUGGCUAGGAGACAAAAAAGACAAGUGCAAUUGAAGGGUAAAAUAUGCACUCUUAUUGCCUAUAGUUUGUCGUCAUAAAUUUUCAAAGUGCAAAAACGGAUUUUUUUUAUAGGUUCACAGUGCCAGCUGUUGUGCUUUUGGGAAGUACACUGUUCAAAGAAGAAAGAUUGAGUUGUGCAAUUGAGGAGGAGUUCACAAAUACCAUCUGAAACAUGGAUAUUUGAGAUCCAACAGUGAUGCAUGGAUCAAGAGCUGGCUGAAGGGUAUCAGGGGAAAUUCAGAGAACUUAAAGUACUUCUCGGUGUUGUUUGUCUCUAUUUUAUGCUCUAUUGGACUUAUAGGAACAUGGCAACUGCUAAAGGAGAUCCUUUCCCCACACUAAUGUGGUCAAGUAUAGUAAAAGUUUGAUUUCAAUGUGCAGGGUAGAUAAAGUUCAGAAACAAAGGAAAGCCUCAACAGCAGCAAAAUAAGCAAGGCCAGACCUUCAUAGAGUCUUUCAACUGGCAACCAAUCCUACUGGAGGAGAGCAGCAAGUAUAGAAAAGCGAAAUGGAGGGGAUACUUUCAGUUUUGUUUGUAAAAAUAGAGAUGGGUCCAUGGCUGGCUGUUUGAGCUGGACUAGAGAGGCUCGAAUAGAAGUAACAAACAGCGAGGUGGUGGCCCUGGUGGCAGAGCUGAUGAAGGACAUUCUCAGAUGUUUAGGAACCAGUUGAAAGAUCGAUUGGAUUCGCACAGGUGGGCAGAUGUCUUCUGGCAGACCCUCAAUCUCUAGCAACCAUUGCUCCUAACUUGUUUAUGAACAUUAGCUUGGAUAGCACACAGUGGACUCCAAAUCUUGUACAUUUUUAUUCUAGUGCUGUUUAUUUUCCUUUGUAUCAAUGUAUCAUGGCGCAAAUCCAUCUCCAAAGUCAUAAUUUUUUUUAGAACAAAAUGGAAAUACAAAGAAUUUUAAGAUUA